AUGAACUUUUUACGCAAGUUCAUUGGAACUCAAACCACUGAUGAAGUAGCAUCUAUACCCUCGGGUAAAUUGUUUCUCACACGAUCCAAAAACUCACCCAAAGGAGCAAUAGAGUGUCUCUACAACGACGCAUAUGCCUCAAUCAAACAAACAAACACUCCAUUUUUGUAUCAAUUGUGCAUCACUAAAGUAUACCAAGAAGGCGAGCUGGAAUUUCGUAGCCCCGGUUUUGAUGGAGAAGACGAUGAUGAGUAUGAUGACGAUGAUGAAGAAUACGCAGAGGCAAACUCAUUAAGUGGCGGAAGAAGAAACGGCACUAGUGCUACUACUGCCAAUGCCGCUGGCGGUGGUAUAGGUGGAGUGCACAGAUCCACAAGCUCCCUUUUACUGCCAGGCGGCAACUACGACUCAAGACACAAUUCCAAGGACGAAUGGGUAUUUCCUUUAGACGAAGAAUUGAAAAUCUUCAAAUACCACAAACUGGAGGUUGUUGAUAGCAAGACUGGCAGUGAUCUCGGCGGUAGAGGCCGCGGUGUUACAGGAAGCGGCAGUUGGGCCAUUGCAUGGAAUGACUUGAAUGGAGAUUUAGGAGACAAGUUUGAAUUUGUUAUCGACGAAGAUGUUCGCUUGGCUGAUUUUGAAUCGUUUAUGACUACAGUAUACAAGUGUCUUUAUGAGGCCAAGUAUCGUGAAAGCUCUAUUCGAAUCAACGAUAUGGCGCAAUUGAGAGAGUUUGUUUAUGAUCCAAAGCUGGAAUUGUUGAACUUUGAUGAUCUAGAUGAUGAUGAUGAUGAUGAUGAUGAUGAUGACGAGGAGGAGGAUCAAGAAGAACUUGAAUACUACUCAGAUCAGGAUGAAGAAGUUGCUCCUACUACGACGAAGCAAAAUAGGGACAUCAAGAGUGGAAAUAAAGAAAAGAAACAACACUUGUUUGUACCUUUGGAUGAAAUUAGUGAUAACGACUCCAGCGAGGAUCAAGAUAAUAGUGAAACAGAACCUAAAGGCACAACUGUCUAUUCCACAAAGAAAUUCACUUUGCACUGGUUUGACUCGACUACCGGCUCCUUUUUGUUGAAAAGCACAUCGCCCACUUUGAAAUUGAUAGAUUUGAGUAAAUGGGAGUUUACAAUGUACAUCAAUGGGCAAAAUGGUAUAACGAUAAACAAAACGUUGAGUAAGAAUAUGAGCCCCACUUUCAAUUAUGAACACUUGUCAUUUAUUUUCAAUCACUAUACAAUCACCAAAGACGAUGUUAUUGCCAACUCAUGGUUGUUAAAAUUUAAUGACUUUAAUGAAUUGACAAAGUUUCAAAACAAAUUCUUAGCAUUGAUGUACGAAACAUUGAACAAGAGGAAAUUUGGUGACGAGUCAGAGGAAAACUACUUUGUUGAUGCAUUCUCCAAUUUGGAUGUCAAUGAUGAAGACAAAGAUGAGGUUGAAAAUCUUGCAAGAGAGGAAGAAGAAGAAGAAGAGGAUGACGAUGACGACAACAACAACCACCACAGAAAGCAAAAUGAAGAAGAAGAUGACUAUAGUUCUGAAGACGACGACGACAAUGAGCCAGAGGUGAAGCAUAGAGAAAAAGAGACUAGUGAAGAGUUUCAAAACUUUCGCAGAAAGGACAAAAACACAUACCUUACAGUUGGGUACAAAGAUCGUGCGUUUGUUGCGCGUGGUGACAAGAUUGGUGUUUUUGGUCAAGACGAUAGGGAACUAAACUAUAAAACCACCAUUAAUAAUGUGACUGACACAAAGGGGAGAAGAUUUGAUCCACUGAAGAUGCUUCUCCACCAACAAGACCAAUUUAUGAUUAUGUCCAAUCCUGAAUUUAAUGAUAAGUCAUUGUACAAGAUGGAUUUGAAUCGUGGUAAAAUUGUUGAAGAAUGGAAAGUUUCAGAAAAUGUUCCUGUUAAAUCGUAUGCACCAACGUCAAAGUUUGCGCAACUCACAGAUCAACAAAUAUUGACUGGUAUCUCUCUGAAUGGACUUUUCACCAUCGAUCCAAGACUCGCAGGUACUAAACUAGUCAAUGACCGUACCUACAAGUCCUACAAGACAACAAACAAUCAGUUUCAAACCUUGGCUACCACGGAAAGUGGUCACAUUGCGUUGGGUUCAGGUAAAGGUGAUAUUAGAUUAUUCGAUAGACUUGGUGUCAAUGCUAAAACCGCAUUGCCUUCACUUGGCGAUUCGAUAAUUGGUAUUGACGUAUCAAAAGAUGGUAGAUGGAUCUUGGCCACGUGCAAGACAUAUCUCUUGCUUAUAGAUACGAAAAUUGGUUCGGGCCAGAAGAAUGCCGGUAAAUACGGGUUUACUGCGUAUUUUGACAAGGAUAAGAAACCUACACCUCGUAGAUUAGCAUUGCAACCAGAACACGAGGCAUUUAUUAUUCAACAAAACCGUAACCAGGAGUUGAAGUUUUCACCAGCAUACUUCAAUACCGGCCUUGACAAGAAGGAGACAAGCAUUGUUACAUCAACCGAUAAUUAUAUUAUUACCUGGUCGCUUUCAAAAAUUCUCAAGAAUCAAAAAGAUCCAUACCAGGUCAAGAGGUACAACCAAAAUGUCAUUUCAGAUAAUUUCAAGUUUGGUACAAAUAAUGAAGUUAUUACGGCAUUGCAAGAUGAUGUGUCAAUGACAAACAGACGCAGCUUGGCCAAUCCUAAUAAAGUGUUUACUUCAAAGUAA